UAUCACAGACUUGAAGCCUUCAAUAUGUACAAGUACGCAACUAGUUUUUUCUGCGUUUUAGCUUUAUGGAACCUUUGGGAAGUCAGUGCUAAUGAGGUCAAAGACAAGGCUGCACUGCCAGAACCACCAACGCCGUAUUAUACCAUCGACAACAUUGGAGAGCACCAGGUGCACUGGUUUAACUACAAUUCCUUAAGACAAAAUGCAACUUUGUGGAGAGUUUAUGCCAUGGAAAAACGCUUAGAAAGCCAAUUGCAGGCCCUUCAAACCCAGUUGGACGCUAAUAUGCAAUCUCUAAGGAAACAAAUUUCAAACGAUAUGGAAAACCUAAAUAGGCCCAAGAAGAGCGAAAUGUCAGCGUUCAAGAAGGUUGGCUCAAGGUACUUUUACUUGGAAACGAAAAGUAAGAAGUCCUGGGAUGCUGCAUCCGACACGUGUCGUCGAAUGGGCGGUCACCUGGCGAACAUCUAUAACGAAAAGGAGCUGAAUGAAAUCUUUAAAGGAGCCCCAGACUAUCACUACUGGGUGGACUUGAACAGCCGUCAAAAAAGAGAUUUUAACUUCAUUUCAUCACUAACCGGAAGGACAGCGCCAUUUUUCAAAUGGAAGUCAAACCAAGAAAAGGUAGACGAAUAUUGCGCGUCUGUCUAUGAUAAAGAAAUGAUCCGCGAGCAGUGUGCUGAUAAGAAUUAUUUUGCUUGCCAAGCCGAGCAAUGGGCCUGAACAUAAAUCAUUUAGUUUUGAAACUAUCUCAAACGUAAAUGCGACUUUAAUAAUAAAGUUUAACAUUUAA